GCGAGCGGGGAGGGGCCGCCGGCGGCCCCGCCCUCUCCGUGAUGGCGGCGCCCGAGCAGCCGCCGCAGCCGCCGCCGCCCGAGGGCUCCAAGCCCCUGAGCGCGCUCCUCGGCGGCAUCGCCCAGGUCGCCUACUACGGCAACGCGGACAUCACGGAGGAGCUGCUGCGCGGGCAGCUCUACCCCGAGGCGGCGCCGGAGGAGUUCCGCGCUCUGCGCGCCAAAAUGGGCGGCCUCCUCCAGUCAAUUGCUUCAGCAGAUAUGGAUUUGAAUCAGCUGGAGGCUUUUCUCACUGCCCAAACUAAAAAACAAGGUGGCAUCACAUCAGAUCAAGCUGCAGUCAUUGCAAAAUUUUGGAAGAACCACCGAAUAAAGAUCCGUGAGAGCCUGAUCAAUCAAAGCCGUUGGGAUAAUGUCUUGAAAAACAUGAACUGGCGAGUGGAUCUGAAGUCACAGUCAAGACACAAGGAUCAGAUAAACACUCCUGUUGCAAUAGUUGAAAUGGAACUGGGGAAAAAUGGGCAGGAAUCGGAGUUUCUCUGUCUGGAGUUUGAUGAGGCCAAGGUGAGCCAGAUGCUGAAGAAACUCUCGGAAAUAGAGGAGAGCAUGUCUUUGUUGACUCAGACCACUUAACCAAAUAAAGAGAUUGCAACUCAGAAAA